AUGUGUAUCAGGAUAUUCCGGAAAUUAGGUGAUUCUGCUUUGAAUUCUUUGGUUAAUGUGCAACAACAUGGAUUUCUACCAGAUGCCUCAACUGUCACCAACCUCAGCACUUUGACUGAGGCAGCUGCCAAUGCAGUAGAUAGCCAAGAGCAGCUAGAUGUUGUCUUGACAGAUUGUGCAAAGGCUUUUGAUCGGGUUGACCAUGGGCUGUUGGUGAAUAAGUUGGGUAAAUUUGGUUUCUCGCUGAAAGCAUGUAGGUUUAUGGUAUCUUAUCUUACCGGAAGGCCUCAGCAAGUUAAAGUUGGUAAAAAAUUGUGA